UGAUAAGACGUAUCCGGGACGGAGACCUAUAUGAGAGCCAGACAGCCGCAAGCACGUCAUACUUCACGAACCUCCACCUCAUGUAUCAACACAAACUCUUGCUCUCUCUGGCGGUGGGACUCCUGGCAGCCCUCACGCUGCCCUCCCCCGCCCAAGCCUACGGAGAUGACGUGGUGUGUUACUUCUCGUCCUGGGCGCGGUGGAGGCCCGGCAACGGCAUGUUUGACGUGGAGGACAUCGACCCUUUCCUCUGCACGCACGCCAUCUUCAGCUUCGCGGGCCUCAGCAACGUCACGUGGGAGCUUGAGGUGCUGGACCCCUGGAACGAGUUAUGCCCCGAAGAAGAGGGGGGCUACUACUGCGCCUUUGACCGGUUCACGGCGCUGAAGGAGAUCAACCCAGACCUGGUGGUGCUGCUGGCGGUGGGCGGUUGGCGUGAGGGCUCCGAGGACUACUCCGUGAUGGCAGCAGACCCAAGCAAACGAAAGAGCUUCAUCAACAGUGCCAUCUAUCGCAUGUACAAACACGGCUUCGACGGCCUGGACAUGGACUGGGAGUACCCCACCGCCCGCGGCGGCGCCCCCGAGGACAGGGCCAACUUCGUGCUGCUGAUGCAAGAGUUCCGGGCGGCCUUUGACAAGAUGACCAAUCCACUCAUGCUGACCUUCGCCGCGGCAGCCGGCAAGGACGUGAUCGACGAGGCGUACGACGUGUCGCAGCUGGUGCCCCUGGUGGACAAAUGGCACGUGAUGGCCUACGACUACCACGGCGCCUGGGAGAACUUCACGCACCACCACGCGACCCUCUGCGGCUACUACCUCGACCCGGAGGAGUUCCAGACCUUCAACGUGAAGUUUACAGCGGAGUACUACGUGAGCCUCGGCGUGCCCAAGGACAAGAUGGUGGUGGGCAUCGCCACCUACGGCCGCUGCUGGACGCUGGAGAGCCUCGACAACACGGGGAUAUACGCCAACGCUAUUGGCCCUGGGCCCGCUGGGCCCUACAUACAGAUCCCGGGGACGCUGGGCUUCAACGAGAUCUGCGAGAAGCUUCUGGCUGACGACGACGACGACUGCGUGGUGGUGAACGACCCGAACCUCCUGGAGCCCUACUUUUACUGCCGCAGCGACAAGGUCUGGUGCAGUUACGAUGACGGGGACUCUGUCUACACGAAGGCUCGCUACGCCCGCAACCUCGGCCUGGCCGGCGUGUUGGUGUGGCAGAUCGACACGGAUGACUUCCAGCCGUUCUGCUACUCUGAGCCGUUCCACCUCAUUCGCCAGAUGAAGCGUGCACUCCAGGAGCCGGCGGGCGGAGACGAACUGGUGUGUCCGAAUGGUUCUGUAACUUCAGACUCAGCUACAUACACAACAACCGCUUACACCACAACACACGAUUACACAACAUCCUCUCCCGACACAACAUCCUCUCCCGACACAACACCUCCCGACACAACACUUCCCGACACAACACUUCCCGACACAACACUUCCCGACACAACACUUCCCGACACAACACUUCCCGACACAACACUUCCCGACACAACAACCCCCGACACAACAAUCCCCGACACAACAACCCCCGACAUAACAACCCCCGACACAACACCCAGCCGUACCACCCCUGCACUCACUGACACCACAACAAUCUCCAUCUCCACCACCACCCGUCACCCGAGUAUCCGCCCUGACUGCACGGGGCUCCCUGAUGGCACCACCUUCCCACACAGCGACUGCAACAAGUACUGGGAGUGCGUCAACGAGGUCGGCAUCCUGGAGCUCUGCAGCCCCGGCACUGUCUGGGACGAUGGGCUUAAGGUCUGUAACUGGGAGGACCAAGUGGACACCUCGAACUGUUACAUGUGGGCCUGCAGCGUGGAUAACACCUACUACCCCCACCCUGACUGCGACAAGUACUACUGGUGCUAUCAAGGCUCCCCACAUGAGGAGCAGUGUCCUGACGGUAAUUACUGGAGCCAAGAACUGACGCAGUGCGUGAGGCCCUCGGACGCCGACACCUCCAAGUGCAACAUCCCCUGAUGAGGUUAGCCCCGUGCCUCCCCCCUGUGUAGCAUUAGGACUCACCGCACCAGCACAUGGCAAUAAGGUUAAGGCACUGUUUGGAGUAAAUCAAUCUGGCAUGAAAAAACUCAGCUAUAUCUAAAUUAAGUUGUAAAUAGCACCCUUAGAGGCAAUAACUGUUAGUACAUCAUAUUCAAUUUGUAGUGUAGUGGUACUAAUAGAAAAGUGUGAUGUCUGUGUUAGCAAGGCUGUGUGGGCAGCUGCUGUGCCCCAAGAUGCACCAAGGGAGGAGUGGGCCCUGAAAUCUGCUUUACUUACACAGCAGCACACUGUAUAUCUAACAAAAAUAACAAAUUGCCAGAAGUUUGAAAGUGAAAUUUUUAACAACCUGAUUGAAUUAUUUGUAAAAAUAUUAACAAAAUUUUGUUGUGUACUCAACCCUUAAUAUUGCCAAAACAUAAAAAGUUAUGUCUGAAGAGUUAUAUGUAAUCAGUUUUUGUUAAUGUAUUUCCUAGUACAGUACUAGAAAGCAUGUAUAGUUUGUAGCCUCUGCCCUAAGACUGUUAAAGUUUACAUUAUUUGGCUAGUAGUUUGCAUGGGAGACUUUUCUCUUUGUAGCAAAGCACAAAGCACUGGAAAUGUUAUGUUGGGUCAGGUCAGUGGGCGGCAAAAAGGGUAAAGGUGGAGGGCAUAGGAGUGUGCAGUCCUGCAGCUGCAGGGCAUCAGCCGCUGUAGCAGUGACGGAACUGCUGCUCCCUUGCCCUCCCUGCCCACUGCCUGGUGUUGAGAGGAAUCGUAUUCUUGUUUUCACUGCAAGGAGCAGGUUGGAUUGUACUGGAGGUGCUGGUUGUUGUACCUUGUGUGCCAGCACCUACAGGUGUAAACGACUGGUGUAGCAGCCAGAACUUAUUUCAGUUAGAGAACUUCUUCCAGUGAGGCUGUAACAUGUCCCUUCUGGGUGAUAAGAAACAAAGCUUCUGAGGCUUAGAUAUGUGCUUACUCAAUCAUUUCAGCCUUAUUGACUGAAUAUGAACACCUAGGACCUAGGUGAAUCACAUCCUCAAGAAUAAAAGGGCAUUGCAUGGCUGGUGUUAACAGUAAUAAUGCAUGACAGAGGCUUCUCAUAAGACUGAUGUUUUUCCUUCUAAGUAGUUUUAGACUAUUUAGUCUCUUCUUGUUAAAGCAGUACUAACAUUUUGUAUUGUAAGACUAAAUAUUAGUGACUGUACAUAGGAAACAUUUACUUGCAUAAACUAACCAAAUGCUAAA